GACUUGGACAUUCUGGAAACGCGGAAGAACGCCUUCUCGUCGAUCUCUUCUCAAAUUAUUCAUCUGUUGUACGCCCGGUGGUCACGGCAAGGGAAUCUGUGCCCGUUUCGUUUUACAUGGCUAUUCUUCAACUCAUUGACGUGGAUGAAAAGAUGCAGGUGAUAAAAUCAAAUGUAUGGAUGUAUCAGGAAUGGGAUGACUUCCGUCUACGUUGGAAUCCAGUAGACUACGAUAACAUCACACUAAUGGUGGUGCCAGUGAGCUACAUUUGGAAUCCGGACACUUCACUACUCAACAGCGCUGAGGGGAAUUACGAAGGGUAUCCCAGGGUGCAUUUGAGUUAUUUGGACGUGCAGAUAUUUUUUGAUGGACACAUAAUGAAAGUAACCCCGGGCAUACUUCGCACGCCAUGUUUGAUGGAUAUAACGUAUUUUCCAGUUGAUAAGCAGACGUGUUAUUUCGAAUUUGGACUCUGGAAAUUCUUUGAUAGAUUGGUGAGUUUGACUCCCGGGGCUGACGAUGCACCUCUUGAGAAUUACAUCGCCAAUGUAGAAUGGGACUUUAUCGAUUCGAAGACAGAAGCGAUUAAGAAAACCUUUCUGACAAUGGAUGGAGGUUACGACAGUUUCACAAGUAUCAUAAUUACUAUAAAUAUACAACGGAAACCGCUCUAUUAUAUAUUAAAUGUAAUUUUACCGUGUGUCGUCGUGUCUAUUCUCAGCGUUGUGAGUUUUUGUCUUCCAUCCUCGUCCCCAGAAAAACUGGAUCUCAGCAUAUCAUUGUUGCUGACUAUGUAUGUGUUUAAUUUACUUGUGAUAGACCUUUUACCAGCAACCUCGUCGUCUGUUCCCUUCCUGACUCGAUAUCUAUUAUUCAAUAUGAGUAUUAUUGGCUGUUCCGUAGCCUCCACCAUGCUGGUUUUGAAAGUCUACAAGAGACAGCUAAAUGAUCAAAGAAUGGCAACGUGGGUCCGAAAACUAUUUUUAGGCAAGCUCGCGUGGCUAUUGUUUGUCCAUGUGAAACGGCCACCAAAGGAAAAGAAAGAAAAGAAAACGUUUAUGAAAAUUGAACAUAUUGGAAAUGAUGAAAGUCUUCUUCUGAAACCAAUCUUACGAAAUGCUGAUGAUUCGCCAGUGUUCUGCCGAAUAAACAAAUAUGAAAAAAAUCUAGUUGCACCACGGAACUGCUUCACCACAAACCCAACUUUCAAAUUUCCAACGAAGCUACAUGUAUUUCGACAAAGGCAAAGGAAUGGCAGGUGCACGUGUACACAUGCUUCCGGUCAAGAUAAAAAACUCCUUCAUAACUCAGAGAAGAUGGUCGACAUCCUAGAUCGACUAGCCAAACAUUUUAUACCGAAGAGAUCCAAUGAAAUGGCGCUUGUACGUUUAGGUUUAGGCCUGGGUGAAAUAUUACACUUCAAUCUUUGGCAUGGUACGAUCCCGGCUGUUAUUACGUGGGUUAACGGAAAAAUACGAUUCACGAUAAGACCGGUGGUGGACUCGACGGUGAAGAUGUACAGAGAAUGGGCGGACCUCGCUGCAGUGCUGGACCGUAUUCUACUCGUAGUAUUUGUCAUAAUUUUCCUCAUCGGCGCUGGACUUAUACUGCCACAAAUUACGUCAUAA